UGAAACAUAAACAAAUUCAUAUUAUUUGUUCAUAUUUUAAAUAUGGAAAUUGGCGUGAGGCCCCUAGACCAAACGCUUAUGAAAUAUUAUUGGGAUAUGAAAAUUCUUAGUAAACAAAUAUGCAUACUACAACUCAAAUAUUCUUACUCGAUAAACACUCAUAGAGCGAAGUAACGACGACGACGACGACGACAACAACGACAAUAAUAACAACAAAAGAAAAAAAAAUAUUUAUGAAGAAACUGUUGUGUCAAACCAUAUCGUAGCAAUUGAUUUAUUCAGAAUUAUCAAGUAUUUCGAAUUGCAUCACAUCUCAAACUCUGCCGCCUCGUGCGCUCACCGCAUUUUACAUUUGCACAACGGUUUCCUGAAUAAAUUAUUAUUUCGGUAUUGUUUGUAAUGAAGCAAUACAAAAAUAACAAACCAACAACACCAAACAAAACCUAGUCUCAUAUUCUAAUGAGCUCUGAUUUCUCUGAAAACUGGCGGCUAGUAAUGAGUGCGGUCGUUUUAUUUGUAGCUAGGUCAUAUCGAAACAAUAGAAUGAAUACCAGGUAUUUUUUGUGUGUGUGUGUGUUUUUUUUUGUCAAGGUUUCCGAUGCGUUUUCGUCUCAAGGUGCAUGCCUUUUUAAUCCGAUUUAUGCUCAACAGUCCUCAUUCUCCGGGUGAAAUGUAUAAAUUUUGGGGUCGUUUUAUGAUUCUUCUUUCUCUCUUUGUUUGUUUAUUUGUUUUUGUUUUUUUUUUGUUAUUUCUGCCGAAAAUUGGUAUUUUAUUUUCUUUCACUCUAUCGCCUAAUCUGGUGAACUCGUGAACUGUGGCUGUAAAUUGUUUUGAUUUGACUUCUUCCUGUGGCUUUUAUUUUCGGUCGUCGUCGGUUGUUGUUGUUGUUGCCAAAAAAUUAUCUGUUUAUUCUUCGUUGCUAUUGCUGUGCGUUGUAUCCAGUUGGCCGCUCGAAAAAUUAAAACCAAUUUUCUAUUUAUGCCACGGUGCUAGACAUGGUAUUUGGUUUUCUUUUUCUUUUCUUAUUUGCAUUAUGUAAGGCCAUGACCCGGUUUGUGUUCGUUAAAUGACUCGUAAGUUGAAAUUUUUCCAUACCAAAUCACACAAACACAUAAAAAUGAACACAACAAGAACAAUAAUAAAAAAAAAGCCAACACCAUCACCAUCGAAAUAAUAAAACUGAAGAGUUCGCCAGAACUCUUCACCGUUAUGGACACGAAGCUGUUGCAACUGAGACGGCAGCAGCCAAUUAAUGUCUUCAUCCGAUAUGAAGCCCCAAUCUUGCGUCUUGCUACAAGGCUAUGCUAUGUAUAUUAUAUGCUUGCAUCGCAUUAAGCAAAUAUUUUGAUUUAAGAGAAGCUGAGAAAACGAUGUAGAGAGAGAGAGAGAGGGAGAGAGAGUGUGUAUUUUCCAUUAAUUCUCCGUCAUUAAGUUUCUGAGAACAAGCAGCUCCUUGUCUUGUGAUGCACGAAAAAUUCCCGGUUAAGGAAACAAAACACAAAUGCAGUGAAUCGUUUCAUUAUUACUAGAGAAAGAGAGUAGUUGGUGGUUAGUUACUUCAUUCAUCCUCCUCCUCUUCUUCUUCUACUUCGUCUUCAUCAUCCUAUUUGCCACAUUUUAUAUUUUAUCUGAGAGACAGAAAGUUGGGAACAUUUUCAAUGCAAUGGUUUUCAUUAGCACCAUAUCAUAAUUAUCGUUGGACUUUAUACUCUCUUUUUUUCCUUUUCAACUUGCAUUGAAAUUUGAAACAGUUCACAUUUCGUGUGUAUGCCAUCAGUUGUCGAUAGAUGAGUAUAUGUGUGUGGGUGUGUGUAUACACUGUACAUGCGUGUAUACACUGUACUUUUUUGUGCAUCGGGAAGAGCGUAUAUUUAUGAAAUAUGCUUCUCUACCAUAUAACAGUGUUACUUUUGAUCUCAAAGAGAAAUCAAGUAUCCUCUUUGCAUCGUCGUUUGUGUAAUAUAAACAAGCGUGUGAAAUAUAAACGAAUGACUCCUUGAAAAUGAAUGAAAUAUAGCCAAGAGAUGUACUGACUGAUACGAAAUGUAAAACGAACGAAAGAAAAAGGAACGAAAACCAAACACACAGAGAUAGAGAUAUAGAGCGAGAGAGAGGUGAGCGUGAACGCGCGAUCGUGCUAGACAAAACAGACUCAAGAGAGACAUUAAUUGUAUGCGAUUCAAAUGAAUGGAUCCGUGGUGCUCACUAGUAAAAGCAAGUUUUAGUCGGUCCGGAUAGUCAGAGAUCCGAUUAACGACCAAAAUUAUAGAAUUGAGCGAAAAUUAGCGAACCGCUUCAUGUAUAGAUAUAUACGUGUAUAUAGGAUACAUAUGUAUAUACUUGGAAUAUCUUUCUUUGAUAGUGCGUUGAACGCCCAAAAAGAAAGGAAAAAAAAGACCAGAAGAAAGACAGAAGAGCACACACAAAAAAACGACGACUCAGGGUUUGCGAAAAGCAAGGCAAGUGACCGGGCGACAGUGAGCAAUGAACACAAACGGCUGCUGGCGAAAGCAGGCAAGCAAGAGACAAGAGGGAUUUCGAUAGAACACACACACACACACACAUUAUUCAUGUUUGGUGUCAGCCUUAGUCAUCCACACAACUAAUUAUAGUCAAGAGUGCCCGUUAUACAUACAUAUUAUAUAUUUUAAUCCGAACAAUAUUUCGUAUUAAUAAUAAUUCUCUAAACUUAUUUAUUGCCUGAUAUUUGAUUUCUGUCUUUUUUUCUCUCUCUCUUCCACUCACUCUGUCGUCGCCACAUUAGAGAGAGGGUAUUGUGUGGCUUGAACUUUUCAUCAUAUUUAUGUUCGUCUGUCUGGCGAUGAAUUUUAUGACCUGACUUUUUGAAAGAAGAAGACUAAAAGAAAAAUGACAGUGUCUAGAAAUUCGCGCAAUCGAAAUGCAUACGCACACACACACAUACACUCAUUUCGCGAUUUUACCUAGGUUUUACGAUCAAAACAAUAUUCAAACCGAAAUGAUAAAUAAUAAAUUUCUAUAUCCUUAAUUAUAGUUGUGAGUGUGGAUUGAAAUGUCUUUUGUCGUUCGUUCUGUUUUUUUUUGCUUCUUCUGUGUUUUGUUGUUCGUCGUUGCGUGAAAGAUCAAUGCGAUGCGGCCCAUUCUAAGCAUUUAAAAUGCGGUCGCAAGACAAGAAUGUUUAAAGCCAGUGUAAAUUCCAAUGAAUCACGAAAAAGAAAAAAAACGAAUCAAAAGGGAAACAACAUUGCAACAGCAAAACUGUUUAUCAACAACAUUCAAGUUAUUCGAAACACACAGUGUGUAUGGUGUGUGUUGCUGUUGUUCUUUAUUAUUAUUAUUUUUUUGUCGUCAUAUCUUCGGAAUCGAAACCGUUUUCUAUUUUUUUCUUCUUUCAAUAUUCACAUUUGUGUGUUUGCACAAAUCAUUCAGAAGAAGCAGCAGCAGCAGCAAUAACAAAUCGCAUGAAAACAAGGAAUAAUAUGCUCUUUUGCACAUAUAAUAACAACACAUGCAUACAUAGACAAACAAACAUACACGUACACACACACAAAACGGCACAGUUGAAUUUCUCGCACUGUAUGAAUUUACAUGCUGUCUCUCCCAAUGGCCAAAUAGCAAACAAAAUACACACACGAACACACACACACACACACACACAUGCACAUUUACAACCAACGGUCGUCACCAUUUCAAGCAUACACACAAGCAUGCAUUGGCACAGCACUACACACAAUCAAUUCGCAAUAAACAAAGCAACCCGACGAAACGGUUUUAUUUUUCGUCUUCUUCAUGUAAAUUUUCGUCUUAUGUUUUUCCAACGUAAGGUCUCACCACUUCUCAAGUUUCGUUAUGCGCUUUUUUUCUCCUUCAAUAUUAUCGUGGGAUUCGUUGUGUUUUGGUUGCUGCUGCUGCCGUUGUUGUUGCUAUCUGUGUGUAUGCGCCGCUGUAUGUGCAAAUGUAGUUGUUGGUUUUGGUUUCAGUUUCGUUGUAUGUGUGUGGUGCUCUGUGCUGCUUGUCUUGUGCUGUGCUGUGCUGUGCUGUGCUGUGCUGUGCUGUGCUCGGUGUGUAUGUGCUACAAGCCACGAUUGUUUGAAAUUGAUCCAGAAAAGUGCAAGAAAGUCGCAGUCACAUUUUUAUUUUUAUAUAUUACACACAAUUUUAUUUUCAUAAACUAGACGCAGUCAUCAACACAACACAAAACAGUGCACGUUUGAUCCGGCGCUCGCGUUGAAUCAAACGUAAACCAGACAAACAAAACAGUAAAAAUGCGUGAAUUUCUGCUGCGUUAGCUAAAUUAAAAGAGAAAUAUAAAAAAAACGGUGUUUUCUCUCUGUAUUGGCUGGCUGGCUGUUGUUAUUGUUGGUGUUUUGUUCAAAGCAAAUAGAAAACAACAACACAACAACAAGAACUAAAUACGAUUCAAGUAAUAAAGUAUACGAGAGUUGAAAAAAGAAAUAAAUAAAAAAGAGACGCGAUUGAAGAAGAAGUACAAGCAACAGCAGCAACAAGAAGUGAGAGAGCAAAGAAAAAAAAAAUGGGAAAAAGAGACAUUAUUUCGUCGUGUCAUUGUUUCGGCUGCGUUUGUUUGAUGUGAGAAAGAGUGUGUAAUUAAAAACCGAAUGCUGUGUGUUACAUGGCUUAAGUGCAAAUAAUGUGACAAAGACGAAAAUGAGAAAAGAAAAGAGAGUGUUUGCUUCCCUUUGAAGAUUUCCCCAGCCGAACACAAGAAAUACGUACACAACAAGCACAACGACACACACACAUAGAACAAAAACAAAAACAAAAAUUGCAAAGAGUGAGAGAGCACAUACGUACAAUAAAUGAAAUAGACAAAAAUAAAACAAAUACGUUAUAAUAAAAUUAACGGCUUUUUGUUCGAACGCUGUGCAAAUGAGCGUUUAGUGCAAAUCCGAAACGUUUCGAAAAAAGAGUUAUAUAUACAUAUUAUGUUUUGAUAGAGAGACAGUGACACAAGGCACUGCUGUUCCCUGUGUGUUUUUUUUCGUUACUCUCGCGCGCGCAAUUACUAACUUCAUCUGAUUUGUGUUUUGUGUUCAGUUUUUUUUUGUGCUCUGUUGUUGUCCGUUUGUCUCUCCGUCUCGUGAUAUUAUUUAUUUUUUUUUGUUUCUGUUCACUUCGGUCUGUCGAUGUCUCUCUUACUCUUGCUCCGACUCUAUCGAUCCAGUGCUUUUCGAGCAAAUUUUCAUAUUUGCUAUUUUGUGUACAUUUCGUCGACAUUGUCGUCUGUAUAUAUAUCGUGAAAUCAAAUUGGGACAUACACGACAGGCAACAACAACAACAACAACAACAAAAAUGGUCAUAGAGAAAAUUUGGUGGAAGAGACUGUUUCAACGGAAGCCGAUGUUAGCCAUGCAAGAUAAAUCUGGAUUGAUACAAGAGCCAAUUAUAACAAGUCCAGACAUUCGACGAGCAGUGACCACAAUAGGCCAACGCGAAGAAGAGAAUUUAUUGCCAACAAAUACACAAAUCAUUGUACCAAAUAUAGAGAUAUUGCCAUCACAGAUGACCAAAUCACAACAGGCAACAAUGGUGAACGAGGCAGCGACGUGCUCAUCAACGACAACAGCCAAUGUUGUCGAUACCAUCAAUUCAAAUACAAAUACACAUGCAAACAGUAACAGAAUGUCAACCCCAUCAAUGAAUGAACAAAAUCAAGUGUCCACACGACCGCAGUCACAGCAUACGAAUAAUUCCCAUACAACUGGCACAAAUAGCAACAACCCAUCAUUGGCAUCAACACCAACAUCAGCAACAACAAAUAACACGAGCGGCGGCAGCAAUGCACGUACCGCCCGACGAACGGCCAACGAUUAUCGCUUUGGCAAAACCAUCGGCGAGGGAAGCUUUUCAAGUGUCUACAUUGCCCAGGACAUUCACACGAAAAAAGAAGUAGCGAUUAAAGUGUGCGAGAAACAAUUGAUAAUACGUGAGAAAAAGGAGCGAUAUGUGAAACGUGAACGCGAAGUGAUGCACAUGCUGAGCAAUACAUCGGGUUUUGUUAGCCUUUUAUGCACGUUCCAGGAUACAAGAAACUUGUACUUUGUCAUGACGCUGGCCAAAAAUGGUGAUCUGCUACCGUACAUCAAUAAAGUCGGCUCGUUUGAUUUUAAUUGUACGCAAUUCUAUGCGGCCGAACUGAUUUUAGCCAUUGAACAUAUGCACCGUAAAGGGAUCGUGCAUCGAGAUCUGAAACCCGAAAAUAUCCUAUUGGACGAGAAUAUGCAUACGCUUAUCGCUGACUUUGGUUCGGCGCGCAUUUUGGACGAACGAAAUGGUGAAUCGGAUUUUGAAUCUCGCAAACGAACCAACAGUUUUGUUGGCACCGCACACUAUGUAUCACCGGAAAUUUUAAAGGGUGAACAAUUAACCAAAGCCGCCGAUUUAUGGGCGUUUGGCUGUAUAAUUUAUCAAAUGAUCUCCGGUUUGCCGCCAUUUCGGGCGGGCAGCGAGUAUUUGAUAUUUCAAAAGAUUUUGGAACGUGACUUAAACUUUCCCGAUGGAUUUAAUAAACUUGCAAAAGACUUAGUGCAACGCCUUAUCCAAAUCGAGCCCAUCAAGCGGCUGGGUGCAAAAGAUCAAAAUGAUUUAUACGAAAGUAUACGAAACCAUGAAUUUUUCGAUGGCAUCGAAUGGGACAAGUUGCGAAUACAAACACCGCCACCGAUCCAUCCGUAUUUGCCGGGCCUCGAUGGGAACGGUGACGAAGAGACCGUUGAAUAUAAAGUACCUGAACAUCUGGAACCAGGACUUGGUGAUGAACAACUGAGAAGACUGCUUGAACUAGAACUGGGCACAUCGAAUACAUCCAAUCACAAGAAACCGCCACCAGAGCCUAAAGAAAUUGAACAAACAACGGUGACUGUUCAAAAGGACGAUAACAAAUGGCAGCAAUUUGUCGAAGGCGAAGUAAUUGUGAAACAAGGAUUUGUCAACAAGCGAAAAGGAUUAUUUGCACGCAAACGUAUGCUAUUGCUAACCACCGGACCGCGCCUAUUCUACAUCGAUCCCGUGCAAAUGGUGAAAAAAGGUGAAAUCCCCAUGGGCCCAGAACUGCACAGUGAAGCGAAAAAUUUUAAAAUUUUCUUCGUGCAUACGCCAAAUCGAACAUAUUAUUUGGAAGAUCCAGAGGGUUAUGCGCUGGAAUGGUGUCAGUCAAUAGAUAGUAUGUGCCAAAAAUAUUUUGGUAAUCCAUCAUAAUUUAGAUGCAAGUAAAAAUAGAUGGAAAGUGUUAGUUGGUGCGCGUAUGUGCAUGAGAUCAUGUUUGCCAAUCAAACUGACACAAGAACAACCAAACAGUUCACUGCGAUAAGGCCGUAAUAACGGCAAAAAAUUCUGCGGCCAACAUCACGUGUGCGAUUGAGAGAUGAUUGAAAGGCAAAUGGCUCUUGCAACUUACCAUGCACUUGAAUAUUUAUUUAUAAUAAAAAAAUUGAAAGAAAAACACAUGAUAGGAAAAACAACUAAACUGAAAUUAGGCUAGAUACAAAAAAAAAACACUUAGAUAGUCACGGAAUAAAAAUUGAAAAAUAGAAGAAAAAAACAAUUAUUUAAUGAAAAGAAACAAAAAAAAUUAAACAAAUUUACUGAAAGCAACAGAUAACCGAUAAAAAAGAUAUGUGUGGGAAUUGGUUUUUCUUCUUCUUUUUUUUUUUCGUUUGUUUUGGGGCGAAUCAUGAAUGUGUGUGAAAUAGUAGAAAAAGGUGAAUGAAUGAUAGUCAAAUUAUUCGAAUCGAAAUGAACGAAUGCGAUCAACAGGAUAAUGAACGAGGUCAAGGCCCUGAAGGACGAGAAAUUAAAAUGACAAAUUGAAAAUGUGAUUUUCUUGUCGUAGACGUUGACGCAUCCGUGUGCUUUGAUUCGAUCGAUUUAAAGUGUGUGAAGUGAAAAAAAUGAAAUGAAACAUAUACAGUGCAUUGUGUGUAUUUGAAGUGAACAUAGAAAAAAAAAACACAAAAUAAUAUUCAAGCGAGUGAACGAGAGGGAAUGAAUUAUAAGAAUCUAGAAUAAAUGAUAAUUGUAAAGGUAUCAAAAUUGAACCGAUAGAUAAGCGAUUGGACCUUACAAUUGAGAGACGAAAAUUGAAAAGUUAAAAAUAGAAAAACAAACCCACACACACAGCUAGCAAUUUAUAAACAAAGGAGUAAAACCAUCCAAUAAUUUAAAUUAUUUAUUAUUUAUUUGUUAAAUAAAAUGAGAGCAAGAGAGAUAAAACACAUGAAAACAAACACAUACACAUACAUAUAUAUAUAUAUAUAUGUGAAGGCGCCGAAGCCAAGCUAGAUGAAAUGCUAGAAAAUAAGGAAACAAAGAUUUAGUGAAAAGAAAAAAAAAACAAAGUGUUACUUUUCAUUUCAGAGAGCUGCAAGACAACAGAAGUAAUAAAAGAAACGAAGGAAAGAAAAUGGAAGAAAGAAAAUGGAGGAAAAAAAAUGAAGCGAAUAGUAGUAACCGAAAAAAUAAUUUAUUACAGGAACAAUAAAACAAA